AUGAUAUCAUUCUGCCUACUAAUUUGCUCAUUUCUUGUCUUCAACUCCUGGAACAUUUUAUCGUACACUUCUUCAUUUACCAUUCAGAUGGGGAUUCACCAAAUUUCUCUUACGAAGUUGCCUGCUGAUUUCUCUUUUUCUCUUUGCUCUUUUGACUUCUUGCUUUCUUUCUAUCCAAUUUCAACAGAAUGCGCUUGA